AUGGUAAACCCUGAAGAUCCAGCCCUGCUCGACUUGGGCACAAUUGAAGUUCGUAUCUUCCGUGUCAACAAAGAGAAGCCCACAGGGAAGCCCAUAGCGCCGAAUACACCGACAGAACGUGGACCUGUUCAUGAGCGAUGCAAGAAAGCAGGCACUCAUCAUGUCUCGUAUGGAGAAGCCACUAAAAUAGAGAAGCGUCAAUAUUAUAAGCCAACUUGGAUUGAUCCACAGAGCCAACCCUAUGCCACAUUUAGGUUACGAUACAGGCCCAGAGAAUUAUUGCGGGCACGGGGCAUUAUCGUGGACAGAGCUGACAUCCACGAUGAGCCUUCUAGUUCGGGAUCUCAUCCUUCGGCAGACACGGCUGAAACCUACGAAUCGGACUCAGACGUAGUCGUACUCGAUGGCCCACCUUCGAAGAAACGACGUAUCAAUUCGUCUACGUCAGUGGACGUUAAGCCUACCAUAGACGUUGACGCUCUGGACGCAGACGGGACUGACGACACUGGCGACGACCUCGAUGUGGCAACCAUAGCGGAACAAAUUCGUUCUCUCACGAAGCAGCUAGAGCGCAAACUACGUAAGAAGAAACGGACAGUCACUGGGGCCCGAGGCAAGAAAGCCAAGAAGGAAAAACUGGAGGAGAUUGACGUGCACUUGGGAUAG